AUGUCAGCGCGCAACCGUCUAGGUAAUAUUCACGUAGUUUCGUUCUACGAAACUUUGCCUUUGUCAAUGGGCCCGUUGUCCUCCUCCCUGAGAGACAGAAAGCUACCUGAAAGUGGCGAGAGCUCUUCGAAGGAUUGCCACCAAGUCCUCGAAUAUCGGCCCAACACUCAAGCGCACCAGCACGCACUCGUCCAACAUUGUACUUUGGAAAGAACCUGCAUGUCGCUUCUUAGUGAUAACGAUGUCGCAAAAGAUGUCGAACCGCCCCCGAAACCAGUCCCUGGCACAUGCCAGUGGAUUCGCAGUCACAGUUUGUUCGUCUCUUGGCUCGAAGCCGGCACCAAUGCUCUCCUGUGGCUUACAGGUCAUCCUGGCUGCGGGAAAACCAUGCUGUCCUACUCACUGGCCCAAUACUUCGAUGAUGCUCGCAACAAGUCUCGGAAUGUCCUCAUCUAUCUGUGCCAGAACAAAAACAAGCAGACGGACGCGAGAGCGGUACUCAUUGGCCUUAUCCUCCAGAUCGCCGACCGCCAUCGUUCGCUGGUGAGGUAUAUUCGCUCGGCGUUCGAAAAAGAAGGAUCAAGCAUUAUCCAGUCCUUCGCCUCGCUCUGGCGUAUUUUUGUCAGAAUUGCAAAGGACCCCAAAUCCGGACCGCUCUAUGUUAUUGUGGACGCGCUCGACGAGCCCCUCUCCUUAGUCGAACUCAACAUCGCAUUUACUAUGGAGUCGUCAUACACUACGACUGAAGAGAUCAUGCAAAACUCUCAUAACUCGAUUGCACACACUGUUCAGGGUAUCCUGGGGGCUUUGGUAAGGGUCACAGGGCAACAAGUAUCCCUGGUUCACCAGACGGUGAAGGACUAUCUUCAAGAUCGAGAUAGCGCUAGCAUCGACAGCCCUCCUGCGAUACGCAUGGUUGAUCCGCAAGGUUCUGCUCUACAGCUGGCCACUGUAUGCAUUCAGUACCUUCUUCUUGAUGAUUUCACAGUCGAUCUGUUUCCAACAAAUGACCCAUCUACCGUUGCAGAAGAAACAGAUUUCUUUGGCGAGCUACCUCUGGGCGGCUUUGAAGGCGAUUUUUGGGACCAGGAAGAUCAUGACCUGGACUCUGGUGCGUUGUUUCACGACCCUGAUAUCCUGAAUUCUAAGAUGUGCGAUUCAAUGGCCUUGGACUAUCCUUUUUACACGUAUGCAUCAUUGCAUUGGGCUGAACACUUCGCCAUAUGCGAAGAAGAUGCACCAGAAGAGCUUAAAGAUUUUGCGAGAUCUCUGCUGGACCCUGACACAGAAAAUUGCCGUAACUGGUUAAGCUUCUAUCAUACAAAAGCUUCAACACCACUAGAUGACGGCAUCACGGACCAGAAUCCAAUCAUCCUAGCGUCACAGUUUAACUCAAUCACUGCCCUAAAUAGUCUGCUUCUUGAUAGCGCUGAACCUGAUGUGCAGCAGCUGGAUGGGCAAACAGCACUCACUGUUGCAGCUGAGCACGGCAAUAAAUCCUGCAUAAUCGCUUUGCUGGCAGACAGUCUAACCAAUGCGAAUGCUCCGGGCAGAAAUGGACGGACUGCACUCUCGUUUGCCUGUAGAGGUGGAUAUGACGAGAUCGUCAAAGAAUUACUGAAACAGAAAGCUUGCAAUCCCGACGAACCGGAUAAUACAGGAGCAACCCCAUUCAUCUGGGCCGUAGGGGGAGGUCAUCACUCGACCAUUUCCAACCUGGCAAGGCUUCGCAAUGUUAACAUCAACCACCAGGACAAGACAGGACGCACAGCAGUUUCAUGGGCUUCUGGGGACGGCAUGGCCGACACUGUCAUACGGCUACUAAAGCUUCCAUGCAUUGACAUAAAUGCUAAAGACAACAAAGGGAGGUCGCCUCUCUCAUGGGCAGCAGGAAAUGGCUGUACGGAUGUAGUUGAAAUACUCCUCGCAAACCCAAGAAUCGACAAGAUGAGCAUGGAUAACGACAAGAGAAAUGCGAUAUCAUGGGCCAGUACACAAGGUCACUGUCAAGUUCUCGUCAAGCUUCUGGAAGCAGGCUGCCCAGGAGUCGAUGCCGAAGAUAUCGAUGGGUGGACGCCUCUGGCAUGGGCUAUCCAAACCGACUCGCCCGAAACAGUCCACGCCCUUGUCAGUAACGAAAACGUCCUGAUUGAACGGCGCGACAGAGGUGGAAGGACUGCUUUGUCAUGGGCUGUCGAGUAUGGGCAUAUCGAGGUUGUCAAAGUGCUUCUGAGAGCUGGUGCUGACACUAUGACACAAACUGGGAGUGGCAGGACCCCAGUGAUGAUAGCUAAGGACUUUGGCAGGGAUGACAUGGUAAAAGAACUCGAGGCGUACGGACCAUAG